AUGAACCGCAUGCUCGAUCCCCCCCUGCGAAAUCCAUUUCAUGCGCCUCCCGUCAGCGACCUCACAGCGAAAUCAAGGACUAUACCACUGCUCUCCCCUUCGGGCCCCGCAGGCGACUCUGUCAGUCCCAGUGACCCCAUGGACAUGAGCCCGUCUGCCUCGACCUCGACCUCGACCUCGAUGGCUCCGCCGCUCCAGAACGGUGCUGAUGCAGAUGCUGCCAACCCCAACAAUGCCAAUUCCAACGCCGAUUCCAACUCCAAUGCCAAUAAUGCCAAUGCGAAUGCCAAUGCGAACCACACAAACGGCACAGCUAUGGACUCCGCACAGUCGCAAUCUACCAGCUCGAACCACCCAAUUGGUGCUGCAGCUGCAGGACAGCAACCCAAGGUCGUCCAGACGGCUUUUAUCCAUAAACUAUACAGUAUGCUGCAGGACCCCAGCAUCCAACAUCUGAUAUCGUGGUCAAGCUCCAACGAGAGCUUCGUCAUGUCUCCUUCGUCGGACUUUUCAAAAGUCUUAUCGCAAUAUUUCAAGCAUACCAAUAUAUCAUCAUUUGUCAGACAGUUAAACAUGUAUGGCUUCCACAAAGUGAGCGAUGUUUUUCACACAGGGUCUCCAGACUCGCCAAUGUGGGAAUUCAGACACGGAAAUGGCAGCUUUCGAAAGGGUGACGUCGCUGGCCUCCGAGACAUCAAGCGGAGAGCUUCAAGACAUGCGCUGAUCCACCGAGACUCUUUCUCAACUCACAAGGCCAAUCAGUCACAGCCGGGUACUCCCGCGGAGGCAGCCAUGGACGGUUUGGACCCUAGAAUGGCCAGUCUGGAACAAUCCUUGUAUGACAUGCAUAACCGCCUGGCGCGGAUGGAGGAUCACAACGCGCUUCUAAGCUCACAUUGCCAUGUCCUCGCUGAGGGUCUGGCCAGAUGUCAUCAGUGGACAAGCACGAUGUCCUCCUUUAUCGUCACCAUGGUUCCUGAUACCGAAAAUUCUAUACACAAAGAAGCUGCAAACAUGCAACGUGAAAUAACCCGGCAGCUGGAGUAUAUCCGGACUCUAGAGAACCCCCAGGAAGCCAUGCUGGCAGGUCGACAGCCCUACUUCUCCAUGUCCAUGGACCCUGGCCCUCCCCCACUCUCCCCGCGUCAGGUAUGCCAGGAUGACGGGAGACGGCCGUCUGGAAUCCGCCAUCCCUUACCACCCCAUAUCACCAUCUCACCGCACCGUCAAGGCUCUCUCGGCGGAAACCCGACUCCGAUCUAUAGCAAACCCCAGAUCCCGCACCAAUCCAACCUCCAUCCCCUGUCAUCAGUCACGUCUCCCCCAGGGCCCAACCUUGCCCGCCGACACACAUCAGCAGACAUCAGACAGCACGGUUGGCCCCCAUCGGCAGGUCCCUCUCCCAACUCACAGUAUGGCCCCAACCCAUCCAUGCAGUGGCCUUCUUCACCAGGUCGAAACCACAAUUCCUCUGACCAGCACGUCCGAGAUGCAUUGGCGCGGUAUGAGCUUGGUGGACCACGACGGCAGCAAGAACAAUCCAGACACGUUACGCCACCCUUUCUUGACCCAGCCCAGCCGGACAAUGGCUGGGCUAUUGGAGGGCCCAAGUUCCCGCGUCCAGUAGAGUCAAUGCCCGCCACCCGUCGAUCAAGCAUGGCGAGCAACGUACAUUCACUGCUGAACCCAUCUAGCGCAGCUGAGCGGGUAGAUGACCCGGAUGGCCCACUUGGAGAAGACCGCAAACGAAAGAGGCUCCAGUGA